AGGGCCCGAGAGAUCCGCCUCCGCACCCAUAGGUCGCCGGAGAAACAGCCGGAGCCCAGACGAUGGCGUCACCGGACAGCGGCAGCACGCCGGCGCAAGGCGCGGAAGCCGCAUCCGCCUCCCCUUGGCCUCUCCGCAAGCUCCAGAGCUUUGCUCCAGGGCUGUGGUCACAAUGCAAAGCCUACGAGGACGUGUUUGUGGAGAGCGCUAAAGUUACCAUUUCGGAUGCACUGGUUCUUGCAAGCGAGCAUCAAGCGGAGGCAGUUGGAUGUGCCACUGUCGCAGGGUUCAUCUUUUUGAAAGGCCCUCGGAGAUUCUUAUACCGCAAUACCCUGGGUCGUUUUAAAACGGAGAAGGAUUUACUGAAUGAUGUUGAAGAAAGUAUGAUCGAAUAUAAAACAUCUAUUCAGAACUUGAGAAAGAAUUCCAAGUACACCCUCGACAAAGUAGUGAUUGGUGAAAGUGAUCUGCAGCGUGGACGAACUGAUUUGAGAUCUACUGGUAAGCAAAUCCAAUCUGUUAUAGGUUCAAUUUACAAAGCAGAAUCCACAGCUGCAGGUUUGAUGGAUCGACUAAGAACCAUUCCUACCAGACAGUCUCUUGAAUUGCGAGCAGAGGUGGCUUCCAUGGCGUCUGAUUUGAAAAAGCAGAGAUAUGUCCUGGAAGAAAGGGUGAACCAAAUAUCUGAAUAUGGUGUCCGGGUCUGACUUUCGCGAUCUGCAGACAAGCAUAGAAUCGCUUCUGGGCCUUUCAUGCAAUAAACUGAAUCACAGAGGGUGAUGCUGCUAUUUCUAAUUAGACAAGCAUCUUCUCGGGAUUAUGACCUUGUUUUUGUUAGCAUUUGAAUACAAGGUUACUCGCAGAACCAUCAUUGACUUCGCCUGUCAUUUACUAUUUGCAUGUGUGGAAUCUUGCCCGUACUUGUCAUUCACAUUGCUUCUGCUGAUCAUUGCCGACUAUUAUACUCUCUCCGUUCCAUAUUAGUUGUAUCUUUCAUACUCGUACGGAAAAAACUUUGCUUUUUUGCUUAA